AUGAGAUUGGGAAGGAGAAGGUGGUCCAAGUCAUCACUGACAAUGGGGCUAACUACAAGGCUACGGGUAGGAUUUCUAAUGGAGAUGAUUCCUACACUAUUUUGGAGCCCAUGUGCUACACAUUGUUUGGACCUGAUGCUGGAAGAAAUAGGGAAAUUGCAGGCAUUCAAGAAGACCAUUGCACGAGCAAGACGUAUCACAACUUUCAUCCAUAGGCAUGAGAGGAUUCUUAGUUUAAUGAGAGAGAAGACAGGUGGGGCUGAUCUUAUGAGACCUGCAGUAACUCGAUUUGCCAGUUCUUUUCUCACUUUGAAAAGUUUGCACAAGCACAAGGAUGAUCUGAAGGCUUUAUUUUAUAGUGAAGAAUGGUCUGAAAACAAAUUGGCAAAAACUAAUGCUGGUGAUAAUGUGCAUUCCAUUGUCUUCUCUGUUGAGUUUUGGAAUUCAAUUGAAGAUUGCCUUAGAGCUUCAGCUCCACUCCUUAUUGUUCUUAGGGUGGUUGACGGUGAUGAGAAGCCUGCAAUGCUGGAGGUCGCAGCACUAAUGAAUCAUGCAAAAGAGAAGAUAAAGCUAAACUUUGAUGUUGAUAGCAAGAAGAACAUGCUAAAGAAAAUCUUGAAAAUCAUUGAUAAACGUUGGGUGAAACAAAUGAACCAUCCUUUGUAUGGGGCUGCACUGUACUUGAAUCCAGAAAAAUUACAUCCUCUCAUACGGGAUAAUGAAGAUGCAGUUGUUGGACAACUAAGAGGUUCUUUUCAUGAUAUGCUUGCAAGAAUGAUCUAUACAAAGAAAAGGAACAGGUUGCUGCAUAAGAGGUUGAAUGCCAUUGUCUUUGUUUCCUACAACUGGAAGAUGAAGACUAGGUUUCAAAUAAGGCGUGAGAAAAAAGGAAAAAGUUUUGACCCUUUGGUCAUUGAUCAAUUUGAUUGGGACAAUGAGUGGGUUGACUGCUGCUAUGUUCAUCCUCAAGGGCUGGUUGAAGAAGACUCAGGUUCAGCCAAUGAAGAAGAGGAAGAUUCACAUGAUGAUGCUGAUGUGAGCAAUUGUGAGGAUGCUCCAAGUGGCACCAAUGGUGAUGGAGAGAACGUGGAUGCUACAAAUGUCCAUGAUGAGUUUGAUGAUGGCUUGCUGCUUGGGAAAAGAAAAGAGACUUCAGAUCAUCAAAAGGGAAUGCAUGCUACUUGGAACAAGCCAACAAGGGAAACUGGAACGAGGAGGAUCAAUGGUACAUGUGCUCUAGAAUUGGCAGCAAAAAGGCUGCGGCUAUAG